UUGCAUUUAAGGAACAAAACAACCCAAAAAUAUAUGGAAGAUGACAAAUAAGUGGUAACAGAAAAAGCAUGAAAACAAGCUAAAAAGCAUCACUUGAAGCCUAUUGUUAACUGAAAUGAAGCAAAUGAUGGAGAUUGAAUUCACAAAGCAUUGUGUAGCCAUUAGUUUGAUGAUGAUUCUAACUUGUUCAACUACAGCAGUAUCAUCACCUCAUGUGACCGCGAUGUUUGCCUUUUGCGACUCACUGACUGAUCCCGGCAACAACAACUACUUGAGCUCAUUGGCGAAGGCCAACUACGUCCCUUAUGGAGUCGAUUUCAAUGGAGGGACGCCUUCCGGAAGAUUCUGCAAUGGCAAGACUUUUGUAGAUUAUAUUGGAGAGUUGUUGGGGCAUCCUAUUCUGCUGCCUUACACAAGUCCUUUUGCAACCGGAACGAAUGUUGUUCGAGGAGUGAACUAUGCAUCAGCUGCAGGAGGGAUUCUUGAAGACACGGGGCGACAUCUUGGUGAGAGAUUCAGCUUGUCUGCACAAGUUGUCAACUUCGAGAGCACGUUGAGUGAGCUGCGAAGCCAAAUGGGAGACGAAGAAAUCGUCAAUUAUUUGGCUAAGGCAAUAGUUGUGAUGUCUCUAGGCAGCAAUGACUAUAUAAAUAACUAUAUGCUGCCUUCAUUCUAUUCAAGCAGCUACUACAUCUACGCUCCUAAAGACUUCGCGGAUCUUCUCAUUAAUAGCUACACAAGGCAGAUUUUGGCGCUGUGCAGCUUAGGCCUCCGGAAAUUUCUUCUGGGAGGCGUUGGACCCCUCGGAUGCAUCCCUAAUCAGCUGGCUGGGGGCACUGCUUCAACAGGAAAGUGCGUUGCUUAUGCAAACAACGUAGCAGCCAUCUUCAACGAGAGACUGAAGUCUCUCGUUGAUGAUCUAAACACCAACUAUAAUGAUAAUGAUAAUGAUAAUGAUAAUGAUAAUGAUAGUAGAACUAUAUUUGCCUAUGGUAAUACAUUAGGAGCAACUCUUGACAUUCUCAACAAUGCCAACGCUUAUGGUACAGACUCUUCCUCUACAUUAUUCUCUCUUACUUUACUCUUUCUCCACUUUAGCUAUUUAUCAUGAUUUUUAUAAAACUGAGUGCGAAAAAGAAAUGACUCAGCUAUGAGGGAACAGAGGUAGUACUGAAUUAAACGAUAACUAAUUAUGGUUAUGUUUUGCAGGAUUUAAUGUGACAGACAGAGGGUGUUGUGGGAUAGGGAGAAACCGGGGACAGAUAACGUGCCUCCCGUUCUGUCCCUUGCGACAACAGAAAGGAGCAUAUUUUCUGGGACGCCUUUCAUCCAACAGAAGCGGUGAAUCGGAUUCUGGCUCAACGCGCGUAUUCCGGCUCCCCCUCCGAUUGCCAUCCACUCAAUUCAAUAUACAGCAGAUGGCU